AUGGAGUUGCAAUAUUUUUUAUGUGCGUUUUCCUUACUAUGUGAACUGUCGUCGGCGAUGCAGUGUUACAAGUGCGACCCGGAGCGGACUUACACGAACGAGGAGACACUAUGCGAGCAAUUCGACGGCAGCGCGAGAUACGUCACGGACUGCAUACAUUCCACUAUGUGUUACAAGAGAGUGAUCUCCCUGGACUUGGGCAACGGAUUGGCAACAACGACCACGCAGCGCGGCUGCGCCUCGCAAACCAUGAGCGGCGACCAGGCGAAGAUAAACGGCAAAUGGCGUCCGGUCAAUACCAUUUACGACGUGUACAACGAGGGGUGCGCAGAGGACCCCAGCGACAUCGAGCGCGCCACAACAACCCUCUACUGCUACUGUCGCGGCGAUCUGUGCAAUGGCGUCGAUAGUUAUACCAUUAGUCGAUACCUACUAUUAAUAGUCAUAAUAGGUUUGAUUCUAAGU